AUGGCCCAAUCUGAUGUGGUCGUAGAAGUGGUGCAAGCAGAAGAAGCUGAUGAAGAUUUCAAAAAAACAAGUAUCUUAACAAGUUUUAAGAAUUUCUGUAUGCGAAAUUACCUAGCUAUUGGAAUCAUAUUGUCCAUAAUCAUCGGAAUAUUUCUUCCUCAACCUGCAAUCUAUCUCAGCCAAAGAAUGCCAGUUGCAAAAAUUUGCAUCAUUGUUCUCUUUCUCACCAUUGGGGUACGGAUACGUCUUGUUGAAGCAAAGUCUGCGGUCAAAUUUUAUAAAGAGGUCGUCGUUGGCUUGGUUUUGGUCCUGUUUGUUGGUCCAAUUUUUGCAACAAACGUGCUUAACCACGUUCCAAACUUUGGUUCAUUAAUUGGUGAUGACCAGAAUUGGAGAAACAGUUCGAACUCCUCCGAAGAAAUGGCAAUUCUUGGACCCGAGGAAUUUCGUCUUGCUUUGCAAAUAUAUUUUGUUUGUCCAACGACGCCCGCUAUUUCGCUAAUCCUGGUAAGUUAGUUAAUGUUAAUUAGGACUAUAGGAGAACAAGUUCUCAUCAAGAACAUGCAGUUUCAUUUGGUGAAUAUAUAUUCGUACACUAUAAAGAACAAUAGUAAGACUAUUUUAAGCACUGAAGCCAGUAAAGUUUCUUCAAGUUAUGCAUGACUCAUGAGUAAAACUAUCCGAAAUUGAUGGGGUGUAAUAGAGUUGUAUGUUGCGAAUUUUUGGAACAGUUUAGAGAAAAUCUUGAUUAUAUAUUGUCUUUUCUACGCCUUUGAAGACAAAAUGGCUGAUUUGCCCUUGUUGACACUAAAAAGGGACAAUUGCCCGCCCUCCCCAGUUUGGGGUUUAGCUUGAAACGCGCAGAUACUACGAGUAACCCAUGCGUUGAAACCUUUGCCAACGUUUGCUUUUAACUAUUCACUGUAGGUGACAGCAGCAAACGGUCACCGAGGUUUGAGUAUCUUGGUUGCAAUGUUGUGCACCAUCAUAGCUGUAUUUACCAUCCCUCCCAUGUUGACAUGGUUUCUACCAACCUUUCAACAUGUUGGUCUAAAUGUUGGUCAAGUGUUAUUGGAUACUGUACUCAGAGUACUGUUGCCUUUAGUGGUGAGUAUACUGUAUGUACUGUAGUCUGUAGGUUUAUGAAACAUUUUUUGAUAUUGAGUUUCAACAUUCUACUUGCUUCAAAAUCCAAUUAACAUUUCGAAAGUUGUAUCAUUAGUUAAAAUGCUGUGCUGAGCGGUUAUAUUACUACCUUAAAAAAUAAGCAGAAACUCGACGUUUCGAGCGAAGGCCAUUCGUCAAGAGUUAGUAGCAGGGAUCGGGGAAAAUGCACGGGCUUUUAUACUAAGAGUAUGAAAGCAUCACGUGACAAAAAAAUAAACCAAUUAGAUGGAUUUAAUAAUAGCAAAGUGUAAACAAAAUAUGUAAAUCGCAUUACAGAAUAUAAUAUAAUUAAAAAUAUAAAAAUAAACAGGAAGUUAAGACAAUUACUACAAAAAAUAAUCAAAACAAAACACGAGUGGGAAUAAUGGUAAAAGUAUAAUAAAUAGAAAUUGUCAAUGUCUGCUAUAGACAGGCAAAGACAGAUGGCAUCAUAGACAAAACAGAAAACAUGUCUUCCGGAUUGUCUAUGAUGGCAUUAAAUAUAAGAAAAGCGUUCAUUAAUGCCAGAAGGGUAAACAGUGCCAAGUUUGGAUAUGAGGCGCAUUUCAUGUCGUUUGCGGCUAUCGUUACUUCCAGAAAUGGGACAGAGGGCUCGAAUUAACAUAUCUGAAACACUGUGAUUGCCAUCAUUAAAAUGUCUGGAAACAGGUUGGUUAGCAUCAUUGCCAAUAACUGCACGCCGAUGCUCACCAAACCUUGUCCUUAAACAUCUUCCAGUUUCCCCAAUGUAAAGCAUGCCACAUCUGCUGCAAGAGAUGCAGUAGAUGAGAUGGGAGGAGGUGCACGUGAAAUGGUGCUUGAUGUGAAAUUCAGAUUUAGGUGCCGAAACAAUAGUGGUGGAAUCUAUAAAAUCACAGGUUUUAAAUUUCGACGACAGGCAAGGAAAAGUGCCUUUCUGUGACGUCGAAGCCUGUGUUAGGGAGCUAUUGAGGCUAUCAACUCCAAAAAAUCUUCCUGGUCCCCCCCAAAAGACCAAUAUGGGUCCCUUGAACUAUUCAUUCGACAGUGUCGACAUGAUAUAGAACAACUCCUCAAAUUUAGGCCCAAAAGGCCAUCCAACCUCACUGACAAUGAAUUUAGCGCCCUCUAAUCACUCCAUGCUCGUAAUGACAUAUAUUGUUAUCAAACCUGCUGAUAAGGGUGGUACCUUAGUUGUUUGGAGAGCUGAUUUGUACCGUAAUGAAGCCCACAGACAAUUGGGUGAUGCCACUUUUUACAGGAGGGUUGACAAGGAUUUGACUUCCAUUCAUCAAACCACCAUCACUCAGACCAUUCAUAACUUUAUCAACACUGGUGAUCCCGCUGAGACUGCCAAAAACCUCAUACACAUCACACCUCGCACACCUGUCAUGUACUUUCUGCCCAAAAUUCACAAACCUGACAACCCAGGUAGACCUAUUGUAUCUGCUUGUGGUUGUCCCACCGAACUCAUCUCCGGUUUUCUCGAUCGUGUUAUGGCACACUUGGUUAAGGACUUACCAUCUUAUAUCAAGGAUACCAAGUAUGCUCUUCAAAUUCUCCAGAACAUUCAUUUUCAUGGCACUCGCAAAUUCAUUUUCACCAUGGACGUCAAAUCCUUAUACACUGUAAUUCCGCAUCAUGAUGGUUUAAGGGCCCUCAAAUUCUUUCUAGAUAAACGCCCUAACCAGGAACCGGCCACUUCUGUUUUGGUCCGAUUGGCUGAGUUGAUGCUUACCCUCAACAAUUUUUCCUUUGAUGGUGAGCAUUACCAACAGAUAAAUGGUGUGGCAAUGGGAACUAAAAUGGGGACCCAACUAUGCUAAUUUGUUUGUUGGUUUUGUGGAAAAACAAAUCUUCGAACAGUACACUGAUCCCAUCCCUGAUUACCUUGGUAGGUACAUAGAUGACUGUCUUGGCACAGCAUCAUGUUCUCGUGUCGAAUUGGAACGCUUUAUUAACUUUGUUAAUAAUUUUCAUCCAGCACUCCAGUUCACAUGGGAGAUCAGUGAGACCAGUGUACCAUUCUUAGAUAUCUUUGUAUCAAUCAAUGGUAACAAACUAUCUACUUCUGUGUUCUACAAGCCCACUGACUCCCAUAGCUAUCUUCUAUUUUCCUCUUCCCACCCCAACCCCAGCCACACCAAAAGGUCGAUUCCCUUUUCUCAGUUCCUUCGUCUUCGCCGCAUCUGCAGUGAAGACGAAGAAUUUCAGGCCAAAAGUCUGGAGAUGAGACACUUUUUUGUCCAGCGUGGUUAUCCUACCUCUCUAUUAGACACUGCCUUUUCGAAGGCCUCGCAAAUUCCCCGUUCUGACACCCUCACAGACCCUGUAUCUAAUGUCACAGGCAACAACAAAAUCCCCCUAGUAUUAAACUAUCAUCCUUUCAAUUUCAAAGUUAGAGAUGUCAUCAACAAGAAUUUCCAUAAUUUGAAAAACGACCCUGAAACAUCUUCCAUUUUCUCCAAUAACCCCUUAGUCUCUUUUCGACACAGCAAGAAUAUCCGUGAAACCCUUGUCCAUAGCUCCCUAACACAGGCUUCGACGUCACAGAAAGGCACUUUUCCUUGCCUGUCGUCGAAAUGUAAAACCUGUGAUUUUAUAGAUUCCACCACUAUAGUUUCGGCACCUAAAUCUGAAUUUCACAUCAAGCACCAUUUCACUUGCGCCUCCUCCCAUCUCAUCUACUGCAUCUCUUGCAGCAGAUGUGGCAUGCUUUACAUUGGGGAAACUGGAAGAUGUUUAAGGACAAGCUUUGGUGAGCAUCGGCGUGCAGUUAUUGGCAAUGAUGCUAACCAACCUGUUGCCAGACAUUUUAAUGAUGGCAAUCACAGUGUUUCAGAUAUGUUAAUUCGAGCCCUCUGUCCCAGUGGCGGCGGAACAGACUUCAUUUUGGGGGGCUAAAUUUUUUUUCCGUGACCUCCCCCCCACGUCGCCAAAAAAUUUCGGUCAGUGUACCAUUUUAGGGGUACAAAAAUUUUCCGGACAUAUACAAGAAAAGGGAUGAAAAAUUUUUUUCCGGACCUAUAACAAAAAAUUUUUCCGGAAAUGCACAAUUUUUAAACAAAAUAUUGCAAAUUUUUCCCCUCAUACCUAAAUUUUCAAAAAAUACACUAAAUUUUUUACUUCUGGGGGGGGGGGGGCUUUAGCCCCCUAGCUCCCCCUGUUCCGCCGCCCCUGCUCUGUCCCAUUUCUGGAAGCAACGAUAGCCGCAAACGACAUGAAAUGCGCCUCAUAUCCAAACUUGGCACUGUUCACCCUUCUGGUAUUAAUGGACGCUUUUCUUAUGUUUAAUGCCAUCAUAGACAAUCCAGAAGACAUGUCUUCUGUUUUGUCUAUGAUGCCAUCUGUCUUUGCCUGUCUAUAGCAGACAUUGACAACUUCUAUUUAUUACUUUUACCUUAUUCCCACUCGUGUUUUGUUUUGAUUAUUUUUGUAGUAAUUGUCUUAACUUCCUGUUUAUUUUUAUAUUCUUAAUUAUAUUAUAUUCUGUAAUGCGAUUUACAUAUUUUGUUUAUAACCACUCAUCACAGCAUUUUCCCAUUGGUACUACCAACACUGGUACAGACAGUUUUAGUAUAUAUAUCAUUAGUUAAACAAUCUGAUAAACAAGUAAUGUUCAGUAUAGGAACCUAGAGAAGGGACGAUUUUGUACAUUAUUUAGAACUAGGAAUUUCUAAGUUGCUUUAACCCCGUUAACCACAAUUUUAAUCGAAUCGCUUUCAGUUGUUCAACUAUUUUUAUGUUUUUUAUUUAAAGAUUGGAAGAUGUUUGCGUUGCGUGCCCCCUGUAAAGAAAGUGGUCAAAAAAUGGAACAAUACAAUAAAAUACUUUGGACAAAACUUCCUUAUUGGAUUAUUCCUAGUUAAAGUGAGUGAAACGAGCGCAAGUGGUAAUCUAGCCAGAGUUUCCGUUGUAAACAUUCUAUGCGUGGUUGCGCUUGGAACAAGUCUUACAACAUUUAAUGCUCUAUCAAGUUAUUGUCUUAUCUCAAUCUUACCUUGGUUCUCAAAAAAAUCAGCUGUGACAUUGUCAAUUAUACUGGGUUGUACUCGACUUCUAACGCUGGCAGUUACCGUUGUUGAUGUGUUACCUGACAGUACAGGAGACAAAGGACUUCUUGUUCUUCCUAUGGUGUUUGUCUACAUUGCCAUUCUAUUGACGAUGAAUGGUUUUGUAUCUCUUGUCAAAGUCAAAGAAGAGGAUACUGCACUGGAUAAACCUUCACAGACUACAGAGCAAGACAAGGAGCAAGACAAGGAUAUGAACGAUUCAACUAUAAACACUAAAAUUAAUGAAGUUGCAAUCUUUACCAUUUAUACUGAUGAAAUGUCAGUCAAAGAUGAACAAUUGUAA